CCUUUCAAAAACGCGCUCAGAUAUGGACUUCGAAUCAGACUUCAUAACGACCUUACCCGACCAAAGAUGUACCUCAGGCGACUGUCUGGGCAGAGCGACCUCGUUAGUUACUUCGUCACCUCCCAACAUCGAAUUCGGGCUGCCCCAGUCCCCGUCCACUUCGCACCCCGAGACAAAUACUUCGGAUAUCCUUUUGGAAGGAGGCCAAAAUGAUCUGCCGGACAUUUCGUUCCCUGCUUACAUGAAGGGCAUCUACACUACGUGGGGUCUCUUCCUGCUGGUGGUGGGAGUCAUUGGGAACCUCCUCGUGCCUGUCGUCGUGAUGAGAGACAGAGAACUUCGAGGAGCGACGACGAGCGUCUUCAUCGUCAACCUCGUGGUGGCGGACCUCCUGGUCCUCAUCGUCUGCCUGCCAUCCCUUCUGCUGGAACUCUACGCCCCUCCGGCGGUCUGGAUCCUGCCUGGGUCUAUGUGCAAAGUCGUUCCCUAUGUAGAAUUUCUGGUGGCACAUGCUUCGUUGCUCAUCAUCCUAGCCAUCAGCGUCGAAAGAUACCGAGUAAUCUGCCACCCCCUGACAGCAGCAGCCAAAUGUAGCAGAGCCAGGGCAAUGGGCGCAUGCGCACUGAUGUGGGGCAUCGCCACAGUCGUUACCAGUCCGGUGAUCGUCCUGACCGAGUACACCCAAGUGCGUUACAUCGACAACUCCCUCGUACCUGUGUGCUACACGUCCAUAGUGAAACUCUGGGCUAAGGUUUUUGUCGUGUCGGCAACACUGGGACUGUUUUUCCUCCCUCUUCUUGUACUUAUCGCCUUGUACUGGAAGAUCGCUCGGCAACUUCUGUUGGAAGAUAAACAGCUCUGCAAAGACAAACCCAAUCCCAACUUACAAGCGAGAAAACAGGUUGUGGUGAUGCUUGGAACAGUGGUGGUUGUUUUCUUCGUCUGCCUGUUGCCCUACAGAGUUUUUUGUCUCUGGAUCAUCUGGACAACCAUUGAAACAGAGCAGUCUCUUGGGCAGGAAGCGUAUUACAAUUUAUUAUAUGCAUUCCGAGUACUGGUAUAUGUCAACUCGGCAAUUAACCCAUUACUCUACAACAUCACAUCGUCAAAAUUCAGAGGAGCAUUUUAUAGGUAAGUUUCUAUUUUAAAGGGGAAUCAUGAUCUAUACAGACUGAUGGCAUCAUCAUCGUUACACCACACAUCAUCCAACACUCACUCGAGCAGCAUGACCAACAAAUCAAGCGGAUCGUGGAAGAGCCAGAGACUGCUGGUAAGAUGCAGUUAUUCCUAUGGGCAAGGGAAGGGGGAAGUGAGACCCCUUGUAGAGCCCCUUCAUCCGCAACAUUCCACAGAUGUAGCUGCCUCUUCAUGGGCUAAUAUGAAUGGCACCCAUCUUUCCACGCCACCUACGGCCAGUCCUGUCUCAAGUCCUUGUCUUAUGAGAUCGAUUUGUUCUAGGGAUGUCAACAAGCAGAUGGAAAGUUUUGUUUAACUCCACUGAUGUCAAAUGAUGUUAGAAUAUAAAGUUACAGAUUUGCAUAAUUUUGUGAGCAAAUAUUGCAGUCAAAUUUACUCAUAUGUUCCUAGUUUAUUUAUGAAAACGGGUUUUUUGAUAAAUAUCAAAUUCAUGCAGUCAAGAAAUUCCAUAAUUUUUCAAAUUAAAUAUGUAAUAAUCAAAGAAAUUCUGAGAAUAAAGGUUGCCAUUCA